CCAUCCCAGAUCCACCAGCUACCCCACAUCAUCACCAAGAACUGACCAAGAGCUAUGCAGGGACGUUGCGCACCGACACGACCUGUUCGCGCGGCCGACAGCUACUUCCGUACACAUUGUGAUUUGUGAGCUCGCUUGCACGUCAGCCGUCAGUCAGCGUACCAUAGAUCCGAUGACCAAAUCGGAUUGCACUGAUCGGAUGUGGGGACGACCAAAGAGCUCCGAUGAACCCCACAAAAGUUACAGGGACAACGGCCGCGGUGUCGUCUUCGGUAGUCUCCUAAGUUCUUAUAAGGAGUAGAGCCAGAGGUGCUCUCGAAGAAGUCGAAUAGUCACCGUACCCGCUCUUAACAGCCCGCCAGCCCGCCAGCCCGACAGCACAAUAGUUAUUCAACAUACCGAACGAGACGAUGGCGACCACCGAAGACUACCAGAGCAUCUUCCACUGGGCGGAGACCCAGAAGGAUGGCGACAUUCCAUCGUUCAAGACGCGCAAGAAUGAUCCCUACACGUACCAAUCGGGCUUCGGAAAUACAUUCGAGUCCGAGGCGAUUCCCGGUACGCUCCCGUAUGGCCAGAGCAAUCCCCGCAAAGUGCGAUUCGGCCUCUACGCCGAGCAGAUGACGGCUACAGCCUUUGUUGCUCCCCGCGCCCACAACAAGAAUGCAUACCUCUACCGCGUGCGGCCAGCUGUGGCUCACCAAGGAUUCACCGAUAUGCCCGACAACAAAGACACCGAGUCUUGCUUCCUCCCAUUGAACCCCAAGAUCCACGUCUCGCCUACCCAGCUGGCAUGGCUUCCCUUCGAGCUCCCCAAAGACACAGAGAAGGUCGACUUCAUCGACGGCCUCAAGACUCUCGCCGGUUCCGGCGACCCGACUCUCCGAGACGGUAUCGCCACCCACGUCUACUGCGCCAACACCUCGAUGAACAAACGUGCAUUCGUGAACUCGGACGGCGAUUUCCUCAUCGUUCCGCAGCAAGGAGCGCUCGAUAUCCAGACCGAGUUCGGCCCUCUCUACGUGCAGCCGGGUGAGAUCGUCGUCAUCCAGCGGGGCCAGCGUUUCCGCAUCGACCUACCCGACGGCCCGUCGCGCGGCUACAUCCUCGAGGUGUGGGGCUCCAACUUCGACCUUCCCGAACUCGGCCCGCUCGGCGCCAACGGCCUCGCCAACAAGCGCGACUUCCUGACUCCAAUGGCGGCAUUCGAGAUCAUCGAGGAGCAGUGGAAUGUCGUGUACAAGCUCGGCGGCAAGUUUUUCCAGAGCGUGCAGCAGCACUCGCCCUUCGACGUCGUGGCCUGGCAUGGAAACUACGUCCCGUACAAAUACGACCUGACCAAGUUCGUCAACGUCGGCUCUAUCUCGGUCGACCACAUCGACCCGUCCAUUUUCUGUGUUCUCACGGCACCCUCGCGGGAUCCCACCGCGCCGCUCGCCGACUUCCUCAUCUUCUCGCCACGCUGGGACGUCGCGUCGCAGACCUACCGCCCGCCGUACUACCACCGCAACUCCGCCUCGGAGCUCAUGGGGCUGAUCUACGGCAACUACGGCGGCCGCAGCGACAGCUUCCAGCCGGGCGGUGUGAGCUUCGAGUCCGGCUUCGUACCGCACGGAGUUAGCUACCCGGAGUGGAAGAAGGCCAGCGAGACGGCCCCGCCAGAGAUGAAGAUCAGCGAGGGUGCCAUCGCGAUCAUGUUUGAGAGCUGCCGCGCUUUCACUAUCACCGAUUGGGCGUGGAACAGCGAGAAGAAGCAUGAGCAUGAUCCCACCAUGUGGGAUGACCUGGUGGCGCCACAGCUGGAGCUGCUGAAGAAAUUGCAGGUCGAGCAUAAGAGGAAGUAUGUGGGAACCGCGAGGAAGGGGUUGGGGUCUGGCGAAUGCGUCGUUUGAUUUUUUCAAUUUUCUGUUAUGAUUGUAUGGUUUACGAUUGGGGAAAGUUUGAAACUCUUGCUACCUA